AUGGGGUCAAGUGAUAUCACCUCCUUAGCUCUUGUUUGUCUCGCAUUCUUAGACUCCCCACAGGACUACCUCAACGGCCACAACUCCGUUCGAGCUGCCGUGGGGGUGGGCCCAUUGACUUGGGACGACAACAUCGCAGCACUUGCCCAAAACUAUGCCAAUCAGCGAAUGAGAGAUUGCGCUCUCGUUUAUUUCAGAGGUGAAGGAAAGUACAGCGAGAACCUCGCCAUUGGAAACGGAGAGUUCACAAACACCGCUAUUGUGGGCCUGUGGGCCGCAGAGAAGCCCAAUUACGACUAUAACUCGAAUUCGUGCGCUGCUGGCCAGGUGUGUGGGCACUGCACUCAAAUGGUCUCGAUGAAUUCAGUUCGGCACGGGUGCGCUAGGGUUCAGUGCGACAAUGGAUGGUGGUUCAUUACUUGUAACUAUGAUCCACCUGGCAACUACGUUGGGCAGCGCCCUUACUAGAGGCAUAAGUUCAUGUAGUCUAUAUAAAUCAACUAUGUUAUAUGCUUUCAAGCUGCAACCGUAUAAAUUAAACUCUCGAAGAAAUUAUUUCCCUUUGCACCGGCUUUUUGCGGGAACACUUCAUUAAAAAUGGUGUCAAACCGGUUCAAAACCUACCAGUUCAUACAGGACUUUAUCCUAAUUUUAAUCAAGGUGCGCUCGCGUAAAGUGUAUCCUGGAACUCUAAGUUAUCGGGAGAAAAGAACGUUAACGAUAGAUCCGAAAUUA